AUGUCGACUUCGUGGAAAGAAAAUAAGUCCUGGAUUGGCUUAAAACUUGUAUUUAUUAUCGGUAAACGUGGAAAGUACUUAAAACUCAUAUUUACACUUUUUGCACCGGUAGCACUGCAACAAUUCCGAGUUAACGAGCUUCAUAUUUUGUUGUCAUCGUUCAAGUGUCCAAAGUUGGGGAAAAAAACAGAACUUGUUCAACGGUGCAUUAAUUUACUACAUAACUCCCGUAAUCAAGCUGCAGUUAUACAAAAAAUUCGCGAAAUCAGUUCUAGUCGACGUUAUAACGUGCCUAGUGCACCUUCAGUAGCAAUGUACAAUCAUUCAGAAAAUAAUAAUAUCGUGAAUAGCUAUGAAUCUGCACUAAAUAUGCCACCAGUUCUGAUGAAGCAGCAUUAUAAUCCAGUCCACUGUCCGUUUUCAUCUCAAAUGAAUCGAGCUUCGAUUUUGCGUGUGUCUGAGUUACCAUUUUACGACAAACAGCAAACGCUUCUUGAACUCUCAGAAUUGCCCGCUAAUAUAUCAGGUCUGCGGUCAAUUGCAUGUAUGUAUUUCUCAUUUGCUAUUCCGCAUAAUGUCAUACCACUGAUUGCCCAUCGAAGAGAUUGUUUGGUCCUGCCCCGCACAGAGCUUCAGUUACGUUUCUUUUUGUUAGAUCAUUCAGCUGAGCAGGAAGAUGAUUUUCCACCAAAUUGUGGUGUGAAGAUAGACGAUAUACCGGUUACUCUUCCGAAUGUCAUCCCAACGAAUAAGCCAAAUGCAGAAGCAAAAAGGCCUAGUCGUCCUGUUGACAUUACAAGUUACUGUCAACCACCGCGAGAUAUUUCCAAGGCAUUUAGACUAGAAGUAGAAUGGACUGCAGAUAGGCGUGCCUGGGCCGUCGGUGUUUAUGUUGUGGAACGACUUACUAGUGAUAUAUUUCAACGUUUCCUAGCUAAUGCAAGCACAUAUCGGGAUGCAGAGGAAACGAAGCGUACGAUUAUAGAUCGUUUGUCAUGUGACGAUGAUGGUAUUCAGAUGGAGUCAUUGCGAAUGUCACUUUUGUGUCCCCUUGGCAAAACACGGAUGCUCGAACCUGUCAAAGCGUAUGACUGUUCUCAUUUACAGUGUUUUGAUUUAUUAAAUUUUUUAAAAAUGAAUGAAAAACGACCUACAUGGAAGUGUCCUGUCUGUAAUAAUAUCGCUUCAUUCAAAAAAUUAAUUGUUGAUGGUUAUUUCAAGAAGAUUUUGAAAGACACAUCAGUAAAUGUUACGGAAAUUGAGUUGUUAAGUGAUGGAACAUGGCGUUCAGUUGAUGUUGAUCAAUAUGUAUCUGAUGAUGAGGAGGUCAGUAUUCCGAAUAGCAGUAAAAGUCGUCUUAAAGAUGCAGGUAAUCACGGACUAUCUAGUGGUAAUCGUGGGGAAGCUGUUCCAGCUGAAGAUAUUAUUACUCUAGAUAGUGAUGACAGCGAUGAGGUUACGGAAAGACCGUCUAUCCAAGACAUCGAUACAUCGCGAAGAAGAAAUACAUCAUCUUCUGUAGUAUGUAUUGAUCUUGAUGACAGCGAUCCAUCAGAAAUACCAUCUCGUACUUGCCAUGCACUUAGCAUUUCUCCAGUCCCGGCACAGCUUUGUAAUAACAUACCAGUGAAUGCAUCAACGUCAAGUACGCCUAGUAACGUGUCAGCUGAAGACUGCACUCAAAUGCAUUCUGCUCGCCCUUUGAUGCAACAGUACUUUCAACAUCAGCGUCAGCCGUCUUCUCUUCCAAAUCAUUCAAUGCCAUAUUAUCCAAAUCAAGCAAUGCCAUUGAUACCACCAUCUAAUUCCGUGAUGUCAGGAAGUAAUAGUGCUAAUUAUUUUAACCCAUUUGAUCAGCCAUAUAAUUUCUAUCAGCAAGACUACAAUACUCGCUUAAUUGCUGAAGAAUUGCGACAGUUCAUGGCUAAUAUUCAGCAUUCAUCAAAUUCAUCAAGUUUUCCUAAAAACAAUUCAUAA